AUGGAUGCAUGCACCUACAAGAGAGCAAUUAUUUUGAUUUUGCUGAUCGCGCCUUUCAUUCUGCUGACGAGCAAGUGGCAGUUGUUCAAUCCAUUGUGUGAUGGAAUAGUGUCUUUGCGGACUUUGCCGCAGCUGGGGGGCGCUGUAGAUUUGCUCCUACAGCGCGAUCUUCGUUUAUGCGAUGCACGCUUCUCUGAAAGUGCGCGCUGCUUUGCGCGGCCCCGGCCCUUCAUCGUCGUUUCCAUUCAGCACAGUGGCACCACCUGGUUGCAAGCGGUAUUGAAUGACGUGCCCGAGGUGCUACAUCAUGGCGAGCUGCUUAUCACGCUGUGGCCGAAGUGGCACCAGUAUCUUCACAACGUGUCCAUACAUGGGAGAAGCAAUAUGUCUUGCGUGGAAGAGAGACGAGCUUAUUUCCACGAUCAGCAGCUCGAAAAUUGGCCGCAGUUUCUGAGGCUGUUGGAUAUGUACUGGGGCCUGGAAGUGUACGACAAAAGGAUGACCGCCUGCUUUCAGUUCAACUCGUCAUGCAAGAAAGACGAGACGUCAUGCAAGACAGACGAGGGUCUUCGGACACGGUACGACAAUUUGGAGAUCACAAAGCUGUUCUCCAGCCAUACUGCAGUGGGGUUCACAUGGCACUGGUGUGAUGGCUGGCCGCAGAUGCUGGGAAAGGCAGAGUUCGUGGCGGCAUUGAAGGAGCGCUGCGUGCGAAUCAUCUUCUUGGAAAGGACCAACGCUGUGGCUCAUGCAUUGGCCUCUUCAGCUAUGAUGGUUGCUCCCGGCAAGCAGGCCGAGAAAAAAAGAGUGGAUUUUCGAAGAGAGGAUAAGAUCUGGUCGAGAGUUUCUCGAGACUUCCGAAAAGCCUACCAGAAUGUCCUGGAUGCCGGGUUACCAUCACUGUGGAUCCCUUACGAAACCUUGAGUCGGGCACAGCAGGAUUCCUUUCAAACGGUUCUGAAUUUCUUGGACUUGCCUGGCGCCAGGCUGAACAUGAGCAGAUUGAGCGAUGCCACGAAGCAUCACAAAGGGACACCCUUAGAGUACUUAGAUGCCAAGGACAUACCGAGAUGUGAGAAAAAUUCACAGCCUCGUCCCUUUCGCGAGUGCUUCGACACUGUCCGAGCAUGCAUGUUGAACGACACUUGUUCCAUUCCUGCGAUCCGUGCGUGUGGACAC